AGACUACAGCUCCCAUCAUGCCCCGCGGCCGGCUGCAGACAUGGCGCUCAGUGUCAGAGUGGGAUCCGUUCUCUCCCGUUGUGUCCGGAGUGGAGUUACCGGGAGGGGCGCGGCUGCCCGCAGAGGAGUGGCGUCGGUUAUAGACCCCUCCAUUGGACUGAGUGAAGAGCAGAAGGAGUUCCAGAAAGUGGCGCUGGACUUCGCCUCCAAAGAGAUGGCUCCGCACAUGGCCCUGUGGGAUGAAAAGGAAAUAUUCCCGGUGGAGACGAUGCGGAAGGCGGCAGAGCUCGGCUUUGGCGGGAUCUACGUCCAUCCUGAAGUCGGUGGAUCGGGACUGUCUCGCCUGGAUACCUCCAUCAUAUUUGAGGCUCUGUCGACGGGUUGUGUCAGCACAACUGCGUACAUCAGCAUCCACAAUAUGUGUGUUUGGAUGAUCGAUACGUUUGGAAAUGACGAGCAGAGACAUCGGUUCUGUCCUCCCCUCUGUAGUAUGGAGAAGUUUGCGUCUUACUGCCUGACGGAGCCAGGCAGCGGGAGUGAUGCUGCCUCUUUGCUGACAUCUGCCAGAAGAGAUGGGGAUCACUACGUGUUGAAUGGAUCUAAGGCGUUCAUCAGCGGGGCUGGAGACACGGAUGUCUAUGUGGUAAUGUGUCGCACAGGGAGCAGUGGACCGCGGGGGAUCUCCUGUCUGGUGGUGGAGAAAGGGACCCCGGGCCUCAGCUUUGGAAAGAAGGAGAGGAAGGUCGGGUGGAACUCGCAGCCCACAAGAGCAGUCAUAUUCGAGGACUGUGCAGUUCCUGUGACGAACCGCCUAGGAGAUGAAGGGCAGGGUUUCGGGAUUGCAAUGAGAGGACUGAAUGGCGGGAGGAUAAACAUUGCCUCCUGCUCACUCGGUGCAGCUCAUGCCUCCAUCUUACUUACUCGCGAUCACCUUACCGUGCGCAAACAGUUUGGGGAACCCCUCGCUAAUAACCAGUAUCUACAAUUCCGACUGGCAGAGAUGGCAACGCAGCUGGUGACUGCGCGGCUCAUUGUGCGUCAUGCAGCCCUGGCACUCCAGGAGGGGCGAGAAGACGCAGCGAGUCUCUGUGCUAUGGCAAAGCUGUAUGCUACGGACGAGUGCUUCAAGGUCUGUAACCAAGCACUACAGAUGCAUGGAGGAUACGGGUACCUUAAAGAUUACGCUGUCCAACAGUACGUGCGGGAUAUCCGCGUUCACCAGAUCCUCGAGGGAACCAAUGAGGUGAUGAGGAUGAUAGUGGCUAGAAGCCUCUUACAGGGAUAAAGCAAAGAAAGAUUGUGUCACGCACCAGCACGCGAUCAUCUCCGCAGGCGGAAAUUUUACUGUUAUUCUUGUCAGCCGCCGCUACUUAGCAAAGUCGCCAAGGACACCACUUACUACAUGGAUAAUACCAUAUGGAAGAGAUUGCAAACCUGGGCUUUGGGCUGUUUUUCUUGUUCGUCUUUUUGAUGCACGGAUUAUUAUUUAUACAGUGUCCCCUUCUGUCUAUUGUUUGUGUAAGUUUAUGGUCAUGUAAAUCCCGGACAGUUCUCAGCAUCACAGGCCUCCAGUCCCGCUGCUGUAGAACACGGAUAAGAUAAGAUGAUUGAAUUUACAGACUCCUCAGCUUCCAGGGUGACUACGGUGAAAACUGGGGCCAUAUUCUGUAGGGUGGAAUAAAGCCCUUUUUCCAGCAA